AUGCUGGGUGUUACAGUACUUGAUAUGAUUGGGAAGAAUGCUUCAUGUUCAGAAGAUCGGAUUAAAGCUCAAGCCAUUUUGUACUCAUUUGAGUCAUUCGAUUUCAUUUUUAUGGUGCACUUGAUGUUGACUAUUUUUGGAUACACUAAUGAUUUGUGUGUUGCUUUGCAAAAAAGAGAUCAAAAUAUUGUGAAUGAUGCGUCUCUUGUUUCAUUGUCUAAACAAUUGUUGCAAAAAACAAGAGAUUGUGGAUGGGAAACUCUCUUGGAUAAAGUCACUUCAUUCUGCACUAAAUAUGGCAUUGUUGUUCCCGAUAUGGAGGCUUCUUAUAUGCCACUAGGAAGAUCAAGGCGUUUUGUUCAACAAGAGACCAAUCUUCAGCAUUUUCGGAUUCAAAUUUUUGUGGGGGUGAUUGAUUUGCAGCUUAUGGAGCUCAAUGAGAGGUUUGACGAGGUUAAUACAGAGUUUCUUAAAUGUAUGGCUUGCUUAAGUCCCCGAGAUGGUUUUUCUUCUUAUGAUAAGGAGAAAAUACUUAAACUUGCCACAUUUUAUCCAUCUGAAUUUUCAGGUGUUGAGUUGAUGUCUCUUGAAUACCAACUUGAUAUAUAUAUUGAAGAUUUGCGAAAGGAUGAUAGGUUUGGAGAUUUAAAUGAUCUUGGUGCCCUUUCGAUGAUGCUUGUAGAAACAAAAAAGCAUGAGACUUAUCCGACAAUUUAUUUGCUAAUCAAGUUGGUGUUGAUUCUCCCAGUCGCUACUGCAGGUGUGGAAAGAGUAUUUUCAGGAAUGACCUAUGUCAAAAAUAGGUUGCGAAAUAGCAUGGGUGAUCAAUUGUUAAAUGAUUGUUUGGUUACUUUCAUUGAGAAAAAUAUGUUUCUACAAAUUCCCGAUGAUGAUGUAAUUGAUCGAUUUCAGAAAAUGAAGACUCGUCGGGUCGGGCUCAACGCUCAAUUGUAA